AUGUCCUUAUCAAACCCCUUCUCCGACAGCAGCUCCUCAACCUCUCCGCAAACCUCCGCCAACACAAAAUCCGCAAUAAUAUCCCAGGUCCAACAAGAAUCGGCCCUGAAUAACGCCCGCUCCCUCAUCGGCAAAGUAAACGAAAACUGCUUCGAAAAAUGCGUCCCAUCCCCAGGCUCCAGCCUCUCCUCCAAGGAGCAAACCUGCCUCACCGCCUGCAUGGAGAAGUACAUCCAGCUGUGGAACGCCACGAGCCGCGCCUACGGCGCACGCGUGAACCAGGAACACAAGGCCGGCUUCGCUGGUAGCUCCCCGUUCGGCGGGAGCGGGAGCGGGAGCGGCGGUAUAUUUUAG